AUGGAUGACGGCGGGAAUCACGCGCCACUAGCGCCAGCCUCACAAGAGCCCGAUGACGAGACCUUGGAUGCAUUAGCUGCCGACGCCGCUGCCGUGGUUCUCAGCGACAGAGAGAAGCUCGUGCUGCAGCUCUACCAUCAAGUGCGCGAACUCGAGCUGGAGUCCAGCCUGCUUCAGGCCCAGCAGAAUGACACCACGUCGGCCCCGUCGGACGAGCACCUUUCAGAUGACGAAGUCGCCCAGCAGCUGAUCGCCGCCGAGCGUGCAGCCAUGGAGGCACGCGCAUCGUACAUGAUCCGCAACAAAAUCACCGACCAAGUCCUCACCAUGGAUCCCGUAAUCAAGGCCGUGCACGGCGGCUCGACUACCUCCUUCGAAGAAAGACGCCUCGCCCCCCUCCUCACCCCCCGCGACGCCCUCUCCAUGCACCUCUCGCACCAAACCCACGCCCUCACCACCACCGCCACCGCCCUCGCCACCGCCGCCAAAGCCCUCUCCGCCGCCAACGCCAAAAACGCCGCCCUGGCCGCCACCCUCCUCUCCCUGACCGCCGAUCACCACCACCAUCCUUCUUCUUCUUCAUCCGCCGUCGGUGCUGACGGCCUCGGCCUCGACCCCGACCUCGACCCCAAGCUCCGCGACCAGCUGCUCGAAGCGGAGCGCGACGCCGCGCGCGCGCGCCGCCGGUGGCGCGGCGUCAAGGGGGUCGUGGCCGGCGUGGUCGCGGGCAGCGGGGUGGACUGGGCGGCCGACGAGGGGUUGCGGGGGCUGGUGCUCGAGGAGGACGAGGACGAGGACGAGGACGAGUUGGUGUUUGAUGAGGGGGAGGCGAUGGCGGAGUGA